AUGUCGACGCAAGACCGAGAAGCUGGCGUGCCAAUAAGCGUCUUGCCGGAAUCUGACCUGCAACAUGUACGUCUCCUCGAGCUGCCUCCAGAGCUCCUCGCACUACUCACUGGAGAAUGCCCACCAAGAUUGCAGCUGAAGUCGAAAGAAGACUUGGCAGGGAAUGCGAAAGAUGCGAACGUCGUCCUCUGCACUCCAGACAGGACCUACAAUGUUCGACAAGUCAGCACAUCCAAUAGUGUCUACUUGACCCAGACAACCGAGAAACAAGAUCCAGGAGGUGGCCCACCCACGAUCGGAGUCGAGGCCGUAGCGAAAUGCGAUACCACUAUCGAGCUGCUAUCCACCACGAAGCAGUCUGCUGUGCCAUUUAUCAAGACUGCCCUUCCGGUGUUCUCGUCUAAUGGCAACUAUGCAUCGGCUGUUCCGGUCACUAAAGCCGAACUGUUCGCUCACAUCCCGCUCAGCCAAGCUGAAUGCGAGGAGGGCUGGUCAGAAUUGGCAUGCUUUGAAUCUCCGCACCCUCGAGGUUGUUAUGUGCCCAGCGCGAAGGUGAAGUCUGAGAUAUGGCAACUCGCACUUACGGCCGCUACAGCAGACGGCAUCAGCUUGACCGAUCCCUUUCCUGACGACGACAUCCCAGCCUUCGCGAUGGACAUUUGUCAAGACUGGCCCUCGGAGCUGGUCUCAAGCGUCCUCAAAGGCGGUUCAAGUCUGACUCCAGGCGGACACUUCGCGCUUGACGAGAGCAAAGCCGUCCGCUUUGCAGGCAUAAAUCUCCUUCAGGCCAAAUCCGAAGGCAGAGCGAUUGAAGCUACAGGAUUUCUCAGAGCAUGGCGCGAUGUCUUACCGGAAGCCUGGCGGGACAAAUGUGAAUUCACUGCACUUCAGGGUUCCUAUGCUUUGCAAGAUGGUGGCAGCAUGAUCAAAUACAUCGACACUGCACCAGCAACCAUCGCAACAACAGACUCCAAGUCCUUGGGUGCCAAACGGAAAUGGCACGAAAAGUUCGCGGCCUCAAGGAAAAAGGCAUGACCUCGUUCUUCAUCGCAUCACUCAUGUAUAAAUGGGUAUCUCACAAGACAAAUCAAGCAGAAUCUCAACCAUAUAUUUAUCUCCUCAUCUUUCAUAUCAGCGUCCUCCUCAUCACAUAGGCAACCUCCUCAUUUCCUCCAACGUCCAAUACCUCCUCACAUUCUCCGCCCCCAAAGUCCUAACCUCAUCAUCCAAAUGCGUCCAGAGCACAUCCCCAAACCCAUCCAUCAACUCCUUCAACUCCUGCAACCUCAACUCCUUCUCCCCGCUCCUACACUUCGCGAUAUAUUCCUCAAACCCCUCCAAACCCUGAUGUAUCCCCUUAUGCUGCUCCAAAAGAUGCUCUUUAUUCUUGAACACAUCCAUUUUUCUCGCUAAUACAGGAAAGAUAUGUUGUUCUUCAAUCGUGUGAUGGACAGUGAGGUGGUGAGAGAAUUGUUCAGCCAAAGCCAAAAAUUGCCGGAUUGACAUUCCGUUUGGGCGAGAAUUGGUUGAGGCGGCGUGGUAGAGGGUAUUCCACGUUUGCCGGAAAUUUUCGUGGAAUAGGUCCAUAUGUUCGGCCAUGCGGUUGUAGACUCUGAAGUCUUGAGGACUCAGUUUCGGUAACUUCUCUCCUUCCUUCUCUGUUGUUGUUGGAGCGAUUUCUGUCGGUUCCGAUGCUUUUGGAAUUUCUUCUGCCGACAUUUUCUGGAGUGCGUCGUCGUUCUGUUCGGCCAUUCUUGUCGUCGUAAACCCUCGUGGUCGUAGUUUCUCGGCCUGAUUCUGUCUUGGUAUACUCCCCAACGACCUCCUGAC